ACUGUCAUUUAUCUGCUUGCUCUAGCCGCAAAAGUUUGGAACUUUUCAAAACAAAUUCAACAAAUUUAACAAAUUCAUUCAAAUAAAUUAUUAACUUCACUCCAAAAUGUACAACAAUGAGUGUAUAGCAAUUAAAGAUAUCAAACCUGGUUUAAAAAACAUCAAUGUUAUUUUCAUAGUUCUUGAAAUAGGAACAGCAACAGUAACAAAAGAAAAUCGUGAAGUUCGGAAUUUCAAAGUUGGCGAUCCCACAGCCUGCAUAAAUGUAUCAAUUUGGGAUGAACCCGGCAAGCUUAUCCAACCCGGAGACAUUGUUAAGCUAACCAAAGGUUAUGCAUCCAUUUGGCGUCACUGUCUCACUCUCUAUUCGGGAAAGAAUGGAGAUAUCCUUAAAAUGGGUGAAUUCUGUCUAACAUUCAAUGAACAAUUGAAUAUGAGCGAACCUAAACGACCAGAAAUGCCAAUGGUAUUAAAUCCUCAAAUGGCAAUACCAGGACCAGGAUUGCUCUCCAAUAAUGGAGCUGCCAAUAAUGGCAAUCCAAUUGUACAAAAUAGACCGUUGACAGUGCCUUCAACGGCACCAAAUGUUACUCCAUUGCCUGGCCAGGGACAAAAACUACCAAAUCAGCAAAACAGAACCCUGCCGACAGCUGAUCCGACGAAACCUAUCGUUGGAAUGUCGGGACAAUCGAAUGUCCAGCAAAAGACUAAUCGUGUGGGGCGAAGCAACCAGCCUCGAACAAAUGUUAAAGCAGAUCGUAGAUAAUGGAACAAAAUAUAAAAAAGAAAUAAAGUAGUUUAAAAAAUGUUUUGACUAAAACAAGCUGUAGAAGAAGCUUGUGAAACUUUGUAGUAGCAUUUUAUAAAUGUAAAUUAUAAAAUAUAAUAUUUUUUAAUAAUGAAAUAAAAUAAAGAUCUCUUGGACCACA